UUUAAUUUUAGGGCUUUUAUAAGAAAUCAUAUAUAUACAUGCAUGUAUCAUGAUCAAACAAACUAUAGAUACAUGUUUUUAAUAUUCAAGAAUUAUCUGUCGGAGGAAUCUUUGUGGUGUUUAUAAAAGGGCUCGUUUUGUUUUUGUGUGUUCGGGAGAUAUAGUACAAGAAACAAGACCACGCAACGACGACUAGCUAGCUUAAUUAAAGGAUCAAUGGUGAGACAGCCUUGUUGUGAUCGAACCGGGUUGAAGAGAGGUCCAUGGACAAUGGAAGAAGAUAGGAAGCUUAUGAGUUUCAUCAUGAACAAUGGCAUCCAAUGUUGGCGAAUGGUUCCUAAGCUCGCAGGUUUGCUAAGAUGCGGGAAAAGUUGUCGAUUGAGAUGGAUUAAUUAUCUAAGGCCGGAUCUCAAAAGAGGGACACUAUCGGAAGCAGAAGAAGAUCAAAUUAUUGAACUCCAUGCUCGUCUUGGUAAUAGGUGGGCUAAAAUAGCUUCGUAUUUUCCUGGACGUACGGAUAAUGAGAUUAAGAAUCAUUGGAAUACUCGAAUCAAGAAAAAGCUAAAGAGUCAUGGAGUAGACACGACAAACACCCACAAACAUAUUGAUGAAGAAGAGCAAAAACAAUAUUCGGGAGCCACAAAUGAGCAAAAUAACAUCAUUUCAACCGAAACAAGUAUGCACACCGAUUAUGUGAAGAUUGAUGAAACAAAACAUGAACACGAAAAGAAGAUAGACGAACUUAUACUUGAAAACGACACGAACAAUAGAAAUCAUCAUGACAUGGUGUUCAAGAACGUCGACAUGGAUUCAUGGACAAACACGAUCCAAGAUACAUCGACAACAUCAAUUUCAAAAUGUUUUGAUUAUUAUUCACUUUCAUUUGAGGAUUCAAUUUCAAUCAAUCCUAAUUCUUCUUCAAUAGAAGCAUCCUCUUUAAUCGAAGGAGAUUAUUUUUCGCAACAGUUGGUUGACGAAGGAGAUUCAUUGUUGUUAUGGGACUCUUUUAGUCAACAAGAAGACCUGUUUUUUCUUCUAGGAAACAAUUAG